UUCAUUCCUUUGCGAGUUUCACAACAACACAUAAUAGAAAUUGAAAGUGGAAUAUUGUGUCUCCCCUUGAAUACAGUUGGCGUAAUAUUAUUGAAAAAAGGUUAUAUACAUAUAAAUAAAUAACAAAUAUAUGGGGAAAAAGAAUAAAUAUAAGCAAAGCGAGGAUGCACCUUCAGCGCCGUCUCAACAGCAACAGGCGGCUGGAGGUAAUGCACCACCCAAUCCACAAGGGACAGCUCGUGCGCAGCCAUCGCAGCAGUCACAAGGACAAGGCGGUUCUUCAAUUAGUCAGCAAGCUCAAGGUAGCGGAGCACCAUCUCAGAUUAGUCAACAGAGCCAAGGUGGCGGCGAGCAACGUGGUCAACAAGGCGGCUGGGUAGGUCAAGGCGGGAAUCAGCAGCGUAGUCAACAAAGCGCCUGGGGAGGUCAAGGCGGGAAUCAGCAACGUGGCCAGCAAGAAGGCGGAGGCGCAGGCCGCAGUGGCUAUCAGCAACGUGGCCAACAGGGAGGUCGAGGCGGCUAUCAGCAACGUGGCCAACAGGAAGGCGGAGGCGCAGGCCGAGGGAGCUAUCAGCAACGUGGACAACAGGAAGGCGGAGGCGCUGGACGGGGCGGCUAUCAGCAACGUGACCAACAAGAAGGUCGAGGCGGCUAUCAGCAACGUGGCCAACAGGAAAGUCGAGGCGGCUAUCAGCAACGUGGACAACAGUCGAGACCCCAAGGUGGAGCAGCCUUGCCUCCACUACCAGACUUACCAGUUGGUUCUAUUAAACGCGGCACAAUUGGCACUCCUGGCCAGGUGGCUGUUAAUUAUCUCAAUGUCGAUAUGACCGAAAUGCCAGCUAAGGCGUACCAUUAUGAUGUGAAGAUUACCCCUGAACGCCCCAAGAAAUUCUUUCGUGAUGCCUUUGAGCAGUUUCGCAUCAUUCAUCUAAAGGGUGCCGCAGUGGCCUUCGAUGGGCGUGCUUCGUGCUUCUCAGUCGAUAAGUUGGAGACAGCCGGUAAUGGAGGUGAUGUCAAGGUAACUGAUCGGCAUGGUCGCACGUUGAAUUAUAAUGUGCAAAUUAAAUCUACGGCAUCUGAACAAAUAGAUUUAAAUUCACUCCGAUGUUAUAUGAAAGACAAGAUCUAUGACAAACCCAUGCAAGCUAUGCAGUGCCUGGAAGUGGUACUAGCGGCACCCUGUCAUAAGAAGACCAUCCGUGCUGGGCGCUCGUUUUUCAAGUCGUCAGAACCAAACCAACGUCUUGAUCUGGGCGAAGGCUACGAGUGUUUGAUUGGUCUGUAUCAGGCCUUUGUUCUGGGUGAUCGACCAUUCAUCAAUGUGGAUAUCUCACACAAGUCUUUUCCAAUUGCUCUAAGCAUGCUGGAGUAUCUUGAAAAUUACGGCCUAAAUUCGCGCUAUGCAACGAAAAUUACGACCACCACGAACUUACAACAAUCGCGCACAUAUAUUGAACAAUUUAUUAAAGGAAUUAAUAUAAUUUAUGAGCCGCCAGCGAGUUUCAAUAGUGCGCCUCGAAUCUUUAAGGUCAACGGAUUGUCACCUCAGUCAGCCGAUCAGCAGAAAUUCCAACUGGAGGAUAAAAAAGAGACGACGGUUAAGGAAUACUUCCGUGGUCGUAAUUACAUUUUAAAAUAUCCGAACUUGCAUUGUCUACAUGUUGGUCCUCCAGCCAAGCAGAUUUAUGUGCCGAUAGAGCUCUGUCGCAUUGAGGAAGGCCAGGCAUUGAACCGUAAAGAUGGAACCAAUCAGGUUUCAGCAAUGAUCAAAUACGCUGCCACCUCGACAAACGAACGCAAAGGCAAGAUUAUUAACUUACUGAAAUACAUUCAGCAUAAUCAAGAUCCGACUAUUAGUCGCUUUGGAAUUAAAAUUGUGGGCGAUUUUAUUACAGUCCACACUCGUACGCUCAAUCCGCCGCAGGUCGAGUAUAAGAACAAGUUUAUGACAUCGGUUAGAAACGGCUCCUGGCGCAUGGAUAACGCAAAGUUUUUGGAACUUCCGACAAAGGUCCAUAAAUGGGCUGUUUUGUAUUUUCACGAGCCGCGCGGUUUGGUAUAUAAUGAAGUGGCGGAUUUCGCAAGGAAGUUCCGUAGUCAGGCACUGACCACCGCUGUAAACCUCGAAGAACAAGCCGAGAUUCAACAGUGGAAAGAUGAUAGGCAAUUGGACAACUGUUUCGUGGACCUGAAGCGCGAUAAGUUUGAUUUGGUCAUUGUUAUAAUACCGAAUAGAGGAACGACUUACGACACAAUUAAGCAGAAGGCGGAGUUAACUCAUGGCAUACUCACCCAAUGCAUUAAGCAGUUUACGGUGCAACGCAAAUUAAAUGCACAACUGAUUGGCAAUUUGCUAUUGAAGGUCAAUUCAAAAUUAAAUGGAAUCAACCAUAAAUUGAAGGAUGACCCACUAACAAGACUUGUGAAUACGAUGUAUUUGGGUGCGGAUGUUACGCAUCCAUCGCCGGACCAAAGGGAUAUCCCUAGCGUUGUCGGUGUGGCCGCCUCACAUGAUCUCUAUGGGGCUGCCUAUAAUAUGCAGUAUCGCUUACAGCGCUCCACUGCGGAGGAAAUCGAGGAUAUGGAAGGCAUUGUUGGCGAACAUUUACGCAUCUAUCAUCAGUAUCAUAAGAAAUAUCCGGAUCAUAUUAUCUACUAUCGCGAUGGCGUCAGUGAUGGUCAAUUCCCUAAAAUCAAAUCACUCGAGUUAAGGGGCAUUUACUCGGCAUGUGCUAAGCUUAAAAUCAAACCGCAUUUAUGUUGCGCUAUCGUUGUUAAACGCCAUCACACAAGAUUUUUCCCUCAAGGUGAACCCUCGCAAUAUAAUAAAUUUAAUAAUGUAAAUCCUGGAACUGUUGUGGAUCGCACCAUUGUACAUCCAAAUGAGAUGCAGUUCUUUAUGGUUAGCCAUCAAUCAAUUCAGGGAACUGCAAAGCCAACGCGCUAUAACAUCAUCGAGAACACUGGCAACUUGGACAUUGACUUGCUACAACAAUUAACGUAUAAUCUAUGUCACAUGUUUCCACGAUGCACUCGCUCGGUUUCGUAUCCGACGCCAGCAUACUUGGCCCAUUUGGUUGCGGCACGUGGACGAGUCUAUCUAGCCGGAUCUCGUUUGGUCAAUUCUCCCCAAGUAGAAUACCAAAAACGUUUAAUUAAUGCUGGAUUUAUGAAGUCGAAUCCUAUGUACUUUGUUUAAAUAAGGAAUAAGAAUAUGCAUUCAUUUAUUUGACGUGUUGGCUGUUGGGUAAAUAAAAAUUCAUAUGCAUGCCGAUUUCAUUAA